UGCUGACAAUACUGAUUUUACUGAUGAAAGUGACUAUUUAGAUACUGACGCUUACGCUUAUCCUUCGGAAAAUAUUGAGAAUGAUGAAGCUCAAUUAGCUCAAUUGGGAGGAAGACGCAAUUGUUUCAGAAGAGGUUACAGAAGAGGUUACAGAGAAGGUUGCAGAAUAUGUGGAGGAGAUUACGAGGGGAGGAGGUUUCCAAGAACGUAG